UAAUUUUGGACACGAAGAUCUUCUGCAUUACCGAAAGGAGGGAAGGAGUAGGUUGAGAUCAGAGUCCUGCCUGCCGACUAUCAUAAAGACAUGAUCAAAGCUGUUUUGGUGUUCAAUAAUCAUGGAAAGCCCAGGCUUUCGAAGUUUUUUGUUCAUUAUGCUGAAGACAUGAAGCAGCAGGUUAUUCGAGAAACAUUCCAUCUUGUUUCAAAAAGAGAUGAUUCUGUAUGCAAUUUUCUGGAAGGAGGAUCGUUGAUUGGUGGUUCAGACUUUCGACUAAUCUACAGGCAUUAUGCUACGCUUUACUUUGUCUUCUGUGUGGAUUCAUCUGAAAGUGAACUUGGAAUUUUAGACCUUAUUCAGGUAUUUGUGGAAACCCUAGAUAAGUGCUUUGAGAAUGUUUGUGAACUGGAUCUAAUCUUUCAUGUGGAUAAGGUUCAUCAUAUAUUAAAUGAGAUUGUUUUGGGUGGAAUGGUAUUAGAAACAAAUAUGUCAGAAAUAUUGACGCAUAUUGAGGCCCAAAAUAAAUUAGAAAAACAGGAGGCUGGUAUUACUGCAGCUCCAACAAGGGCUUUAAGUGCAGUGAAGAGCAUGAGUCCAAACAUACCAAACAUUGCCAAUAACUUGAAGAACCUCAACUUGCCACACAUUCCAACUUUCAAGCAAAAUCACACUGUUUUAUGACAAAAGGACAACAAGCCAGUUUCAUAUGGUACAUUUUCGUAAAAUGAAUUCUAAUUGUGAGCUCUUUACUCACAUAAUUGAAUAUUUAUUUUCGUAAAAUUGAAAGAGAUCAUUUAAAAAGAAUUGAAACAGGGCUUGAAAUAUUUCUCCAGCAUGGUUGGCCCCUCUUCUUUAAUCAGCACAUUUUGUAUAAAUAUGGAUGACAGAACUGCUUGCCUUGCUUCAACUCGUUCCUUCCAUCACUUUUGGUUUUAUAAACAUUUGAGGCAUGCAAAAAAUUGAUCAGUGUUCUGGAAAAUAUAAUCUAUGAUUUUCUUUUGCUAUCAAAUAUAAAGUGCAAUCAAAACAUAUUUUUGGGGCUUUCAUAAUUUUUGUCAUUUACUCUUUAAAUCAUAUAUUAUAUCUGUCUAAAUAGUGGAUUUUUGGGGUUUUAUCCUAUAGUCUAGUGAAAUUCAGUUAAGUUAUUACUCGCAUAGUAUUUUUCUGUUUUCUCCAUGCACCUCCUCGCCAUAUGGCAGAAUAAUUUAAAUCCAUGUAUUGUUCAAAAUUUUCGUCCCCAUACAACAUUUCAAUUAGAAAACCUUUGUUACAAUUUGUUAUUUUGUUAUUUCAGUCAUUAGCAUUAUUAUAUCUAGAUAACGGAUUAUUAAUAACAUUUAAUAUCUUAAAAAUUUCCCUACUGCAAUAAGCUGUCUGCGCACUGAGUUUCCUGAGAAUAUAAAUCAGCCUUUUUUCAUAACCAUGUUUUACCUAACCGGUUUUCUGGUUUUUCAAGAAACCAAGUUUUGCAAAACAUUGACUAGAACCUGAAGUUUAGCAUCAAAUUUAUGGAGAAGGAACACAAUAGAUACAGUAAGAGAUAUUCAGUGGCGUGUGCAUUGACACAAUUAAUUCUGUGCCCAUUGUUUAAAUAUUCACCCAUCUAUAUUCCGUUAGAUUUUACUGAGCAAUUGUAUCACUAGAUGGGAUAUUACUCCCCAUCACAAUUACACAGGCGAACAUAGAAUUUAUUUAAGAUUAUUUAGUUAAUUUCGACAGUUUAUUCGACCUUUCGUUGGUAUUGGGUAUUAUUUAUGUUUCUUUAAUAUCUAUUUUAGCUUAUUUAGUUCUGUAUUUGAUUCUGUUGUUAUCAAUGAGAAGUUCGGGGAAUGUUGAGCAAUUUGGGCUUUACAGAGAAAUAACCAAGAACAUUUUGAUAAUUGUAUUCCAAUAAUUGUAGUGCGUUUUUCGACAUGAAUAAUUGCAGUUAAGCAUUGUAAUAGGGACUUUAGCUGUUGAAUGAUUAAAGAUUAUGAUAUAUGCUUGUUUGAGGAUCA